AUUCUUGCAGCCCGCGCCAUGGCGGUGGCAGCGGACGCUCUUGUCCAGUACCUCUCCUCGUUGCCGCCUGUCAACCUCGACCGGCUGUACGCGGAUUCAUGGGUCUGCCACGCCCUCCUCCGCGCUCUGCCGCCGCUCGCCCGGCUCUACGUGGUCCGGCUCGCGGCGGCGCACGGCAGUCUGCCAAAGGCCCUCGUCGACUCGUGGCCCGCACGCGUGCGCGAGGCGGCGAAGCGGCACGAGGAGUCGAUGCAGCAGCUGCACCUGCUCCGCCUCGUGCACCGCGUGCCCGCCGCGGGCUCCGGGCAAGAGCAGCUGCGGCUGCACGAGGCGUUUGGCGCAGCGAUGCUCGACUCACUGGGGCAGGGCCCGCCGGGCCUCGCAGACGAUGCGAGCGCGAGGCACGGCAAGGACAAGAACAUGGUCGGCGCCGACGAGCUCGAGCGGAUGGGCGCCGCCAAGUGGGAGAGGCUGAUGUCGCGUGUGUGGAAGGUCCUCCUCGCGUACACCAAUUUCCGGCUGUACGCGCACUCGUCGUCCGAGCUGCGCGCGCGCGUGCUGCGCUCCUUCGCCCUGCUCAGCUACCAGCUGCCCGGCCUCAUCGUCGGCUCACUCACCCGCACCUCGAUCCAGCACGCGGUCGACUCGGGCGUCGACGCGGCCGCGAUCGUGGCCUACCUCGAGCGGAACGCGCACCCGCUCAUGGCAGCGCAGACGCCGGUGCUGCCGGAGACGGUCGUCAACCAGAUCCACCUGUGGGCCAAGGAGCGCUCGCGCAUGGCCGCCGACAGGUGCAAGCUCUACGACGCAUUCGACUCGCUCCGCCGCUUCGACGAGGCGUGCACCUACGCGCGCGAGAUCGGAGCGCACCUUUGGUCGCGCCGCUUUCCGGAGGAGCGCAAUCUGCACAAGUGCUCGCUCGCUGUCCGCGCCGAGGCGCACGGCAGCAUGAAGAGCUUCCUCAGGGCGGCAGCCUGACAGUCAGGGCCAGCGCCUUCGCACGUAAACCCGAUUUUAGAGUACGCUGAGCCGCGUAUAAGUUCGCGCGCAAUUUUGUACGUGGUAGAGAAGUAACAUAUGGAGGCUGCCA